GCGGGAGUGGACGUUGCGGGUUGUUGGAUGCUGUACAGGGAGAGCUUAUAGGGGUAAAACCGGAUAAUAUCGCACUUGUUGCCCCCGGACCGCGAACAGGUUGCACCAUGACAAACAUGGAGGGCGUCUCCAACCUCCUGCAUGUAUGUUCCCGCAAGACAGAAGAGUUCUUGUGGGUACUGGAAAACAAGCACAUGCUUUGGCUGCUCGAGAUUGGGGAGGAAGCCAGAAAGAUGUUCAGCACUGACUUCAAUGCUGAGCCAGAACUGAUGCCAAAGACACCAUCUCAAAAGCGCAGACGGAAAAAAAGGACAUCAGUAGUGCCAGAUGAGAAUCAUGACCCUAAUGUGCGCAGGUCUUCUCGUAGGCGAAGCAGUUCCAGUUGGAGUACAUCUGUUCGAAGGUUGUCAACAAGAAUACAAAAACCAGUUGAUGCAUCAAUUCAGGAAGAGCCUGAAAAACCCAAACGAAUGACAAGGGCACAAGCACAAACCAGUAUAUUGUGCCCGUCUGUACCAGAGAAACCUUUACCAGAAUCACCCAAGGUGUCCCAAGACUUGCAGGUCAAGAUAACUGCUGAGGAGCGUAGGAGUGCAGACUUGCAGCUUGCUGAUGCUAUACCGAAUACAGAAGAGAAAACAGAGGAACCAAUCCCUGAGAUAUCCAUCUCCUCUUUGCCAGUGACCCCUGAUGCAAAAUGCCACAGCAUAGCCAAGUUAAGUUUGACCAAAGCAUCUACGCCAAAGCAGGAUGAAGAUGUAACUCAAGCAGCUAAACCACAGCCAAUCGAGCUGGAUGCAGAACAACCAUUGGAUCCCAAAGACAGAACAACACCUACAGGCUCUAGAUCUGAUCGCCGUUCAGUACGUCGCAGCUUGGUGGGCUGGCAGUCAACUAGCCAUCGUGCCUCACUUGUCACACAGUACUCUUUAGCAAGCAAGCGUGAAAGCAUGACCCGCGAGGCAGUGCGCAAAUCCAUGCGACGCUCUAUUUCAAAGAAAAGGGCAAUGGAAAACUCUUCUUCUAGUAGCAGGAGCUACCAGAGCUCCGUAGAUGAAGACACAAUUAAAGUGAGGCCAGAACCAGAGAUCAGUCUUGAGUCCCCAGUACCUCAAAGUGGCCGACUUUCUCUUCGUUCCCGUACCUGCAAGAAGAUAGCGAUCAGUAACCAACCUGAGGAACCUCAGAGAGACACUCAGCCAGCAAAUGAUACCGACGUGGCUCGAGAGUUUGAUGAUCCUCAGAUGAAAAGAAGGAAGAGUUACAAGCGAGCGGUGGACGAGCUCUCAGAUGAUGAGCAAAGAGAAGGGGAGGAACUGUCUCCUCCUAGGAAGAAAACGCCCUCUCCUCCGUGCCCUCCCAGCAAGGUUGUAAAGCCACCUCCCCACAUGAAAAGCUUCUUGCACACUGUACAGAAGAAUCAACUUCUGAUGAUGACUCCAGGAUCCAUAGGGAAAAACAUCAUGGUGAAAUCUUUUAUCAAGCGCAACACGCCACUCAAAACUGACCCAAAGGAAAAGGAACGUUUGAAGCAAGAAGCUCUGCGCAAAAAAGAGGAGACUGAGCUGUUGCGCAAACAAAAGGUGCAAGAAGAAAAAAAACGCAAGCAGGAGGAGCUUAAACUGCGUCGGGAAGAGCGUCUGCGCAAGGUGUUACAGGCUCGAGAGCGAGUGGAGCAGAUAGAGGAAGAAAAAAAGAAGAAAAUAGAGCAGAAAUUUGCACAAAUUGAUGAGAAGAGUGAGAAGGUGAAAGAAGAUCGCAUUGCAGAAGAGAAAGCAAAAAAGAAAAUCACUGCUAAAAAACAGGAAGAAGUGGAGAGUAGACGAAAGCAGGAGGAGGAGACGCGGAGACUCAAAGCAAAACAGAUGGAGGAGGACGAGCGAAAGUACCAGGAACAAAUUCAGAAGAAGCGUGAAGAGGAGGAACAGGAGAGGCAGAAGAAAAUCUUAGAGGCCAAGAGGUUAGCAGAGCAGAAGCAAGCGGAGCAGGAACGUGAGAGGCAGAGGGAACAGCAGCAAGCUGCUGAGAGAGAGCAAGAGCGCCAAAGAGCAGAGAAAGAGCGUGUUGAGAAAGAAAGGCUUUUACAACUGCAGAGAGAGCUGGAGCGUGCUGCCCAACUGAAAGAGCAACUGCGCAAAGAGGUAGAUGAACGCAAGAUAAAGGAGGAACAAGAGCGAUUGGAGAAGCUGCACAAAGAACAGGAGGCAAAGAGACUUCAGGAAGAGCAGGAAAGAAAAGCAAAGGAACAAGCAGAAGCUAGUACUGCCCCGGCACUAAAUGUCACUGUGGAUAUCCGGAACUCGCCAGCUUGUGAAUCCUACCAAAUGACCCCCCAAAGCUACAAAGUACCUGUGCCCAAAAUUGAUCCAGAGAACUAUGGAAUGGAUUUGAAUAGUGAUGACUCAACAGAUGACGAGAGUCAACCACGAAAACCUAUUCCUCCGUGGGCCUCUGGUAACUUGCUUGGACAAGCGAUACGGAAGCAGUACUAUAACCCAAUAGACGUGGACCGUUUAUUUGGCACUAUUGAAAGCCCUAAACUAGAGGACAUGUUUUAUAAAAGCAAACCUAGGUAUUUCAAACGCACAAGCUCUGCUGUAUGGCAUUCGCCACCACUCAGCAGUAACAGACACCACCUUGCCGUGGGCUAUGGACUUAAGAAAUACUGAGCUAUCAGCACUGAGGACUGAAAUUUCCAUACUACUAUUUGUUGCUUCCUAUCCCCUUUUAUCCAACAGUCUGUCCUGUUUUUAUGUUUUUUACCUGGGUGUAUAAUCUAUUUGUAUUGUAGAGACUUGUAAAAAAUAAAGUUUGUAUUUUCCAAGGUUGGAUGUGGCUGUGAUGCCAGAACUGUUAUCCUAUUGAGCGGUUGCUACGCUCUUCAAGAACUUUUUAUUGUCAAAGUAAAAUAACAGCAACAGCCAAUAUUAGAUUGACUCUCAUUUGGCAUAUUAGAUUCAAUCAACUAAUAUAUAUUUAACUAAAAGAUUGCAGAACAUCUCUUCAUCUAUCACCAUAGAAUGUGUAAUAAAUCAAAGCAAACCUUCCUCAUUAUUGGGUAAACUGUGGUCUGCACACUUAAAGGCACAUAACCUCUUGUAAUUACAAGGAAUUGUUGUAGUAUUACAAUAAAUACAAGCUGGACGUAAACUUUUUGGCUACAUUAACACGUUGCCAUAAUUGUUAAACCCUUCGCAACUUGUUUGUUUAGGGUAGCCAAUCUGGACUUGUUACUAGAGUAUACACAGCUAGCCAGUCAUUAUGUUGGUGUAUUAUUGCCUCUGGAAGGAUCUGACACAUGUAGCCGUUUUAGGCUUGUGAACUCUAAUGUGCACUUUGGAUUUUCAGAGUAAUUUACAUAAGGGGCAAAACAAAUGAAAGUAUAUUGCAAACUGAUUGUUUUGUAUUACAAUCUAGCUAAACAUUUUUAUUUAAUAAAAAUUUUAAGUAUG